GCCUGUUGAUGAUUUUGUUGCCAGAACCCACAGUGAAACGAUCAGAAAAGGCACUUAGGGAUAUCCUAACGUUAAAUUACUUGAGGACUUUAAGGCAACCGGCACAGACGCAACGGCUGCAGGACGCAUUUGUCAAAUCGCGUCAGACGCAAAACGCAAGAUUCACAGAGGGUUGAGUCGUGUCGGAUCACACAGCUCACCUGAGGAGAUUUCUCGACAUGGAAGACCGACGGAUAACAGAUUAACCUGCUGCUGCAUUUCCUCAACAAGUCAUCGCCUUUUCACAGUCUGGAGGCUGAAAUGCGGAGUGAUGGACAUUGGCUGGCCGUCUGUUUUACCUGCUGCUGGGAAGAAAUACCAGAUUGAGUUGCCAGUCGUGCAUGAAGAAGAGCUCGAGGAGCAGUUUGUUCGCGGAUCUGGACCUGGAGGACAAGCGACCAACAAAACCAGUAACUGUGUGGUGCUCCGACACAUUCCCAGCGGGAUCGUCGUCAAGUGUCACGAGACCAGAUCGGUGGAUCUGAACAGAAAACGAGCCCGAGAGAUUUUACGCGAGAAACUUGAAGUGGCGUAUAAGGGUGAGGAGAGUGAACUGCUGAAAAUGAAAAAGGAAUCCAUGCAAAAGAAACAGGACAAGCGGAGAAAAGUCAACGAAAACAUCGAGAAGAAAAGACGAUUCAAGGAGAUGCUCAACUCAAAGCAAGAAGAUGACAAAUCCACAUGAUUUCUAAUAUCUUUUAUUAGUUAUGAACUAUAUACAGAAGCACUUCAGCAUUGUGUAUAUCAUAGGUCUUAAACUGGAUUCCUGGAGGGCCGCAGCUCUGCACAGUUUGCUCCUACUCUAAUCAAACACAGCUGAUUCAACUGUUCAAGGUGUUCAAGACUGUUAAGCAGGUGUGGGUUGGAGGUGGUUGGAGAUAAACUAUGCAGAUCUGCGGCUCUCCAGGAAUUGAGUUUUACACCAUUGGUGUUGAUUAUGAAACUGUGGAUGAACGCAGUGUUUGGGACAGUGUUUUAUGAACUAAACAAACUGCCAACAGAGAAAACAUUCAAGCUUGUGAAUAAAUUUGUCUUGAUGAAUUGAAAACUCAAGCCUCUGAAAGAUGGGCAGUAGUUUGCUGUUUGAAGUAUUAGAAAAUCACCUAAAGGCUAGUUUAUAUAUUCGUGUUUCAGCAUAACAAGUUAUAAUAAAUCAUUGUGUUCAUCUGUGGGA